AUGGAAGACGACACCGAGACCGCUGUACAGUCCAACCAAAGGCGCAAAACCGCGUUCCGAUUUAAGGGUUGCACGGAUGUUGACUUACUAAAGGAGGUCAAACACGUAAGACCAUUUGAGGCACCUCGCGGAGAGGUCCGCAAGCGAUGGACAGAGGUCACAGAGCAUCUCCAGCGCAUCAUUGGAGACGGGAUCACCGUCAAUGUCACCCGAAAGCGAUUUGACGACUUGAUGACGGCGUUUCAUGAAGACACAAUGGCCGCGCUACGCGCUUCGGGGACAGAGGAAGAGUACGAGGAACGCGAGCAACUUCUGCAGGAUAUCCACGACCUGGUAUGA